AUGAGUUAUCUUAUUCUAGCUGCAUGUGCAGCAGUUGCCGUCGGCGCACUGUUUCUCGUCAAACAAUUGGUGUGGCACCCAUUAGCAGCCUACCCAGGCCCUCUGUUAGGGAGAUGCACCAAUCUCUACGCUGCGUACCACGCUUGGAGGGGAACACUUCAUUAUGACAUGUACCGGUGCCAUCAGAAGUAUGGCCCCGUUGUCAGAUACUCGCCAUCUCGUCUCUUGAUCAAUAGCAACAACGCCGCGCGAGAGAUUAGUGCUCAUGGAGCAAAUGUCAUCAAAUCCAAAGCAUAUCAAGCGCUUGUUCAUAGCGCCCCAAACACGCUCACCAUUCGUAACCGAGAUGAUCAUGCUCGUAGACGUCGCAUCUUGAGUUUGGCAUUUUCUGAUGCACAGCUGCGUGCGUAUGAGAGUAUUCUCUUACGUCACAUAGAGAAUCUUUGCCUGAAUUUGUCCGAAAACUCCAAAUCACAGGCAACAGAGUCCGGGGCUAAGGCUCUGGACAUGUCACACCAAUGCGACUACUUUACCUUUGAUGUAAUGUCAGAAGUGAUAUUUGGCAUGAAGUAUAAUGCUUUGCGGGAGACAAAAUACCGUUAUGUUAUGCAAGCACUGGAAGAGUCCAACGUUCGAAUUAGCGCGUUGGUCCAAGCCUCCAGCCUCGCACUCGGGAGAAUAGAUAAGUAUCUAUUCUCAAAUUCCAUUAAAUCUAGGAACAGAUUUCUGGGAUUCUUAGGCUCUCUGUUGAAAAACCGGUCAAAAGCGUCGUUCACUGACAACGGAAAUGUCUUUUCAUACUUGGAAACUGCAAAAGACCCUAAUGGCGAAUCAACACUUAGCAAGUCUGAGAUUCGAGCAGAGUCAGCUACUCUGGUCGUUGCAGGAUCUGACACGUCUUCUACCACUUUGGCAGCAACACUCUUUUAUCUCAGCGGCAACUCAGAGGCGUAUUCUAAGCUAUGCCAUGAAAUUAGAUCAACAUUUCAGAGUGAAGAUGAGAUCCGCAUUGGUGCAAAACUUAGCGCCUGUAACUAUCUCAAGGCUUGUAUCGAUGAAACACUCCGUAUGUCGCCUCCCGUGGGAGGUGCUCUUUGGAGAGAGAUUCGACCUGGGGGCAUGAAAAUAGGAUCUCUAUUUCUCCCGGAGGGCAUUGAUGUCGGCACUGGUAUUUAUAGCCUGCACCAUCACGCGGAUUAUUUCGACUCUCCCUUCGAAUACAAGCCCGAGAGAUGGGUUGUUGGGGAAGGUAGCUCGACCAAAGAAUCGGUAGAGUUAGCGCGAAGUGCAUUUUACCCCUUUUCCAGUGGCCCUCGAAGUUGCGUGGGAAAAGGGUUCGCGUAUCACGAGAUCACACUAACUUUGGCUCACAUUCUCUACAAGUUUGACUUCUCUAGGUCGCCCAAGGACCAGUUGUCUACCGGGGGCUCAACUGGUAACGUCAACGAGUUCCAAAUGUGGGAUCAUGUCACUUCUGCAAAGACACCGGGCGACCGAUGCUGGCCUUCAGAUAAAGAGUGGGGCCGUUUCAACAGCUCCAUUUACGGGAGGCUCAUACAAACCACUCCCCCCGCAGCACCAUGUUAUGCCGGACCGCUCCGUGAUGCAGCUGCUUGCGAGGCUGCGACCAAAGGCUGGAUUAGUUCAACUUUCUACGCAUCGCAACCCAUUGGUUAUGACUAUCCAUUGAACGGGUCUUGCCCAUUGGCACAAUUCGCUGCAAAUGCUCCGUCGACAAGUUGCACUAUCGGAAACUCCCCGGUAUUUGCUGUCAACGUAACCGAUGAGGAACAUAUUUCGAAAGCAGUAGAGUUUGCCAAGGAACACAACAUCCGCCUCGUAAUAAAGUCGACUGGUCAUGACUUCUUGCAAAGAUCGACCGGUUAUGGUAGUCUUUCAAUAUGGCUACAAAACUAUCGUCGCGGCUUCAACUUUCAUGACGACUACCAAGUCGUCAAUGACUGUCCUAAAUCGGAUUGGAAAGGUAGUGCUCUAACAAUCACGGGCGCUUAUGCUUGGUCGGACAUUUAUCCAGCCGCCUUUGAGAAGAAUUUGAUCGUUGUUGGCGGAAACAAUAGAGGUCCUUGUAGCACAGGAGGAUGGACACAAGGAGGUGGGCAUAGCCCCGUCACACGGUAUUAUGGGCUAGGAGCCGAUCAGGUUCUGUCCGCCAGAGUCGUUUUGGCUUCUGGAGAAAUCGUGACGGCUAGUCCUUGCGUCAACUCCGACCUUUUCUAUGCCAUUCGAGGUGGAGGUGGAGGUACUUAUGGAGUCGUCACCCAGAUGACAGUGAAGACCUAUCCUACCAAGAACAUCGAUGUGAUUGACGUUUUCGUUGGCACCUCAUCUAUGAACACGACCAUCUCAACGCAAUUUCUCGACACUAUGACCGAAGUAUACUCAUCGUUCCCAUAUCUUUCUGAGGUUGGCUUCGCUGGUUACGGUUCUUGGGCGAUGAAUAGCCCCGUACCAAUCGGUGGCAACUUUAGUACUAUUUACACCCAGUCCUUCACUACGUUGGGAAAUGACGCCGCUGAAACGACUCGACUAUUCAAACCUUUGGCAGAGAGGAUCAUGCCCCUGGCCAAUGCUGGCUUUACCGUUUCUAUCACCCAAAAGGCUUUUACUAAUUAUGGGUCAUACUAUGCCAACAAAUCAGGAACCGACGCCGCAGUAGGGACUAUCACUGCAUUGGCCUCCAGACUGUUGGGAAAGUCAGCCUUGGAGGGUAACCGGUCUCAACUCCGACUCGCAAUGGAAACUAUGGCUGGAGCCAAUGGCAAGGCUGUGUUUCAUACUAUUGUACACCAUGGCCUGCAAACUGCGGUCGAGACGCGGGAUAAAUCAACGGCUGUGCAACCAGGCUGGUAUGAUGCUGUCAUACUCGAUAUUUUUGAAAGACCAGUUCUGGAUGGAAGUCUCACGGUUUCAGCCAACACGGAAUUGUUUGAUGAUAUCCGUCGGAAUGUUCUUCCCGUAUACCGGAAGUUAUCCCCAAACACAGGCACCUACAUGAACGAAGCGGACUGGGGGGAAGAAGACUUCCAGGAAGAUUUUUACUCUUCUAACUGGAAGAGACUAAUUGAGAUUAAAACAAAGUAUGACCCAUCUGGGAUUUUCUACUGUCAAACUUGUGUUGGCAGUGAUGAGUGGGCACAACAGGAGAACGGCGCCUUGUGCCGACGCUGCCCAUCUCGAGAGACCCGCUGUAAUGGUCGCAACGAUGGUGCAGAAGGCAUGUGCGCUUGCUGGUAG